AUGUUCCCUCUCUUUCUCGCUCUCGCCCCCCUCGUCAUGGGAGGCACCCUGCCAACCUGCACCGACACCCCCCUGAGCUGCCACGCAACAGGCACCGUCACCGACACCUGCUGCUACAACAGCCCUGGAGGAGCUCUCGUGCAGGUCCAGCUGUGGGACACUGACGCCGGGCCGUCUGAUUCUUGGACCAUCCACGGAUUAUGGCCUGAUUAUUGCGACGGCGACUACGGAGAAUACUGCGACUACUCGCCCGAAUACGACGACGUGGAGACUCUUCUCGAGGAACAGGGACUCACCGACCUGCUCACCUACAUGGAGACAUACUGGGUGAGCGAUGACGAGACCGCCGCCGAGUUCUGGGCGCACGAGUGGAACGCCCACGGGACGUGCAUCAACACCAUCGAGCCCUCCUGCUAUACCGACUACACUACCGGCGAGGAAGUUGGCGAUUUCUUCCAGCAGGUCGUCACCCUGUUCAAGGGGCUGGACACUUACACUGCUCUCGCAAACGCUGGUAUCACCCCCAGCGAUACCGAGACUUACACCGCGGCGGAGAUCCAGGCUGCCCUGGCUGAUAUCCAUGGCGGAUACGAGGUUACCCUCCUCUGCUCGGACAACAAGCUCGAAUCCAUCUAUUAUUACUUCAAUGUCUAUGGAUCCGCGGUCAACGGCACUUACGAGCCUACUACUCCUUUGGAAUCUUCCGAUUGCUCUUCCGACGCUAUCACGUACCCUGUCAAGACUACUUAA